CGUGGCAACUCAAAGCCGCCUCGUAAUUGUUGUCUUAUGUCGUGUGUAGCUUUCAGACAGUUCAAACUAUCGUUUAGCUUCACUAUCAAGUUUUAAACAUGUCUACCGGUCUAGUUCCCGAAAUUCCUGCUGCUGGAUUCUCCUUCGAUCUUUGCCAACGGAAUGAGUCCUUGGCUAAGAAGGGACAUCCUGUUCCAAAAGCUCAGAAAACUGGAACGACAAUCGCUGGAAUUAUCAUCAAGGAUGGUGUUAUUCUCGGUGCCGAUACUAGGGCCACGACUGAGAACAUUGUCGCUGACAAAAACAGCCAGAAAAUUCAUUUCAUCGCUCCAAACAUUUUCUGUUGUGGUGCAGGAACGGCUGCCGACACUGAUAAGACUACAGAGAUGAUCGCCAGUCAGCUGGAGCUCCACCGUUUGAACACUGGCCGUGUUGUUCGUGUGGCAAGUGCAGAUAAAUUACUGAAACAGCAUCUGUUCCGUCAUCAGGGGCACAUCGGUGCUGCUCUGGUACUGGGAGGAGUUGACAUCAAUGGCCCACAUCUUUAUGCUCUUUUCCCUCAUGGAUCCAGUGAGAGAUACAUGUUCACCACUAUGGGAUCUGGAUCUCUGGCUGCUAUGGCGGUUUUCGAAAGCAGGUGGAAGCCAGACAUGAAUGAAGAGGAUGGUAAAGCCCUUGUAGCUGAUGCUAUUCGUGCGGGUGUUUUCAACGACCUGGGGUCCGGUAACUCCGUCGACAUCUGUGUGAUUCGUAAUACAGAAAUUCGUGGGGCCAAUUUCGAUCCACGUGCUGCUGACUACAUUCGCCCCUAUCAAGUGGCCAACGUCAAGGGCCAGCGUUCAGGUAAUUAUCGUUAUAAGCGUGGUACUACAGCUGUCCUGGACAAAAGUGUUCGUCCAGUUAUCGUCGAGACGGAAACCGUUCGACGACUUGAGCCGGAAUCCAUGGACACCUCCUCGUAAAUAAUUUUCAACAGCUUUCACGAUGUUUUUUACAUUACUAUUAGAUUAUCUGAUUUUUGUGGAUUCUUUAAACAAUAAAAGAAUUGGUUCAACUUGGAA